ACGCCAUGGACUUCGAGGACGAAGGCGACUGCAUCUUCAUCAAGCGGAGCGCUCGCCAGCGCUCCGCCGGCGGCGGCGCACUCGCGCAGAUUGUGCCCGGCGACGACGACAUCACGCUCAACCUCUCCACGCUGAGCGCGCGGCCGCCGGCAAAGCCGCAAUCCGAGCUGAAGCUCUCCGCCGGAGACGCGAACAGCAAGGUGUACAAGCUGCCGGCUAUCCCGACCCGCCCCGCCAGGCCCGAGAGCUUGCCGCCGCCGCAGCCCGAGCAAGCCGAGGUGUCGACCACCGUGGCGUCCCUUCGCGCCUCGAUGGCCGGCCGGAUCCCCAUGGGCCCGCCGCAGGCCGUACCGGCACCGAAGCCCUCCUCCGAAGCGGACGCGUCGGCCUCUGAGGCGGAGCCUGCUGUCGCCGUCGCGGCAUCCUCAUCCGGCGCGCCUCCGCCGCUGGCCCGGAGCGACACUGUCCCGCUGCCCCGCGCUGUCGGGCCGGCCGCGGUGCCGGAGGAGGGCGAGGACGAGGACGAGGACGAGGACGUCGUUGUCAACGUCUCGCGCCUCCGCGCGUCGCUGGCGGGCAAGCUGCCGCUCCCCGGUGCAGUGCCAAAGAACCGGAUCGGAGGGACGGUGUGGGACGCGGUGCGCGCGGAGCCGCUGCCACUCGACGCCGACCAGCUCGCCGCGCAGGUCACGCUGCUCGACCCCAAGCGCGCAAACAACCUGGGCAUCAUCCUGUCGGCGGUCAAGCUCCCGUUCGACGCGAUGCGGCGCGCGGUCCUCGCCAUGGACACCGCCGCGCUGCCGCUCGACUCGGUGAACGCGCUCCUCAAGUGCGUCCCCUCGGCCGAGGAGCUCGAGCUCGUGGCGAAUGCGGGCGUCCCCACCGCCGCGCUCGGCUUCGCGGAGCGCUUCGUCGCCGAGGUUGGCACCGUCCCGCGGCUGCAGAAGCGGCUCGAGUGCCUCGCCUACCUGCUCCGCUUCGAGGGCUCGCUUCGGGCGGCGGCGUGCGACGUCGCUGCCGUCAGCGCGGCUUGCGGCACGCUGUGCAACUCCGCGGACCUGCGGCGGCUGCUCGGCGUUACCCUCUGGCUGGGCAACGCCCUCAACGGAAACUCCUUUCGCGGCUCGGCCGAGGGCUUCCGCACAGACGCCCUCCCGCGGCUGGCGGAGCUGCGCACAAACUCGACGCCGCCGUCGUCGCUGCUGGCCGUGGCGCUGCAGCACUGCGCCGCCGCCAGCGAGGAGGGGUGGGCGGCCCUCGAGCGGCUGGCGCAGCAGCUCGGCAGCGUCAAGGCGGCGGCGCGCCUCUCGAUGUCGGAGGUGGCGGACGAGGCGGGGCGCUUCAUCGGCUCCCUCGCCGCCGUCAAGGACGAGCUCUCCUUCCACUCGCGCGCAUCUCGCUCCGCGUCUGCGGCCGCCGCCGCCGACGGAGGCGCCGACCGGCUGGUCGAGGUGCUCGAGCCGUUUGUGAACAGCGUCGAGCCGCGCGUCGAGGCGUUGUGCGACGAGCUCAAGGCGAUGCAGGCGGCGCUGGUCGCGACGCACGCCUUCUUCGCCGAGGAGGCCAAGACGAGCAUGGAGGCCUUCUUCAGCCGGUGGGCCACUUUUGCGGGCCAGCUCGAGGCGGCGCUGGCGCACGAGACCGAGGGCAAGCACCUCGAGGGCAGCAAGCGGGCGCGCCGCGCCUGAAGACCCGCUGCGCUCCGGCGCUUCGAGCCAGCUGAGCCGCACGACGGGGGGCGCGCCCACGGCCAGGCCUCUGCACCACACGCUCACGCACAUCAAGUCACAGAUCGAUGACGAUUGGCGGGAGACCUCUCCUCGCCCUGUCUGCUUUCAAGCGGGAUGCGGGCGAUGCCUUCCCCCUGCCUUGGCGUUUGGCCAUGGCGAAGGAAGGUGUGCACCGUGAGACCGUGUUAUACAAGUUACCAAUCCGCACGC